AUGAGCACUACCGUGGCACCCGUCCUGCCUGAGGGCGCCGGAUAUGGCGUUGUCGUUGGCAUUGGUCUUUUCUUCGCACUGCUCAUGGCAUGUGUGUCAUAUCUGCAGAACCGAUACACGCAAUACUCGACAAAAACCAGCGAGGAGUUCAACACGGCCAGUCGCAGUGUCAAGCCUGGCUUGAUCGCUAAUGGAGUUGUCUCGGCGUGGACCUGGGCCGCAACGCUCUUACAGAGUAGCACGGUGGCUUAUGAGUAUGGCAUUUCUGGUCCAUUCUGGUGUGAGUAUAUACUAUUUAGGCCAUACGCUGCCGGAUCCACCGUGCAAAUCUUCAUGUUCUCCAUUCUCGCUUGCAAGGUCAAGCAAAACGCCCCGUACUGUCACACCUUCCUUGAGAUUGUGUAUCACCGCUACGGCAAAAUGACGCAUGCAGUGUUCGUGUUCUUUGCGCUCAUGACCAACACUCUGGUUGCAAGCCAGCUGUUACUUGGUGGCAGUGCGGUCGUCACGGCCCUAACCGGCAUGAACGUCUAUGCCGCUGUCUUCCUCAUCCCCCUCGGCGUCUGCAUUUAUGUUGUCCUCGGUGGUCUGCGUGCUACGUUCCUGUGCGACUAUACUCACACGGUGAUUGUCAUGGUCAUCAUCCUCUACUUUAUGUUCGACGUCUACUCGAGGAACGAGAUGAUCGGGUCGCCAUCGGCCAUGUACGAUCUGCUUAAAACAGCUGCGGUCGAGCGCCCAGUAGAGGGGAACAUCGAUGGAUCCUACGUCACGCUCAAGUCGAAUUCGGGUCUUGUCUUUGGCGUCAUCGAGCUAUGCACCGGCCUGAGCACGGUGUUUCUUGACCAAGGCUACUGGCAGCGAGCCAUUGCCAGCCGACCGACUACCGCUGUCCGAGCCUACAUCAUGGGUGGUUUGUCGUGGUUUGCGAUUCCGUUCGGGUUCGCGACGACACUGGGUCUUGCUGCGGUCGCCUUGACAAACAAUCCCAAGUUCCCGACAUACCCAAACACCAUGACAAGCAGUCAAAUCUCGGCCGGUCUCGCGGCUCCAUUCGGUGCUACGGCCUUGGCCGGGAAGGGUGGUGCAACUGCGCUACUUUUAACGCUAUUCAUGGCCGUCACUUCCUCGGCGUCGUCUCAGCUCAUCGCCGUCUCGUCCAUCCUCACAUUCGACAUCUACAAGACCUACAUCAAGCCCAGCGCCACUCCUCAGCAACUCAUCUUCGUCUCGCAUAUCAUGAUCUGCGUUUUUGGCGUGGUAAUGGCAUGCGUCGCCUGCCUCUGGAACGGCAUCGGGAUUGACCUAGGCUGGCUGUUCCUGGUAAUGGGUCUCUUGGUCGGUGGCGCCGUCUUCCCAGCCGCCUUCACGAUUCUGUGGAAAGGUCAGACGAAGCUCGGUGCCAUCUCGGGUGCGAUUGGCGGCCUGGCGGCUGGGCUGAUUGCCUGGCUGGUCGAAGCCAAAGUGUACUACGGCGAACUUACCGUCGCAUCAACGGGCGCUAACUACCCUACGCUCGCCGGUAACAUGGCCAGUGUGUUCACGGGCCUCGUUCUUACUGUUGGAAUCUCUAUUCUCAAGCCCGAUGACUUUGACUGGGAGAAGACCCGAGCGAUCAACGCGCCCGUCGCGCAAAUCCCGGAGCCGGUCGUCGAAUCGAAGCCUCCAAUCGUUGAAGCAACACCAAACGAGAAGAGCGAGAAGGCCGCCGAUGCCGCGCUUGUUGAUGACCCCACGGCUCUGCAGAGGACCUUCGUCCUGGCCGUGGUCGUGUCCGCCGUUUUGUCGUUGAUCAUGGACAUCAUCAUCCCCAUCCCGAUGUUCCUUAGUCAUUAUGUCUUCUCAAAGGGCUUCUUUACGGCCUGGGUGGUCAUCUCGUUUAUAUGGGUGUUCGUGGCGUUCAUCCUAUGUGGAGUCCUGCCUAUCGUGGAAACGAGACGGUUCUGGGGAGCGAUGUUUAGGAGAAUUAUCGGUAGAAAAGAGGUUUUGGAUGCACAAGGGCAGCAAGCUCAGACCUCCGACGAAGAUGCGGAGCCAGUGAGGAUCGACUCCAAGGCAUAG